AUGGCUGAGAAAGCUUCAGAAGUCAAAAGAAAAGAUGAAUCUGAAAUCCUGGAGAAAAUCAAGCAGUUCCUGUCUUUUAGCAUUUUCAGCCUUGAUGGACCAAGGUUGGAGCAGCCAGGAAAGAGGAGCAGUAAGGCUUGGAGAAGAGGAACCAAAUUGCUGAGUCUGUCACCUGAGUUCCAGGAGCCAAACCAGCAGUCUUCUCCUGCACAACCUGUAAUCCCUGCCCCACUGGCCAACUUGAAGAUUCAGUACACCAAGAUCUUCAUCAACAAUGAGUGGCAUGACUCAGUGAGAGGCAAGAAAUUUCCUGUCUUUAACCCUGCAACUGAGGAGAUCAUCUGUCGUGUGGAAGAAGGGGACAAGGCAGAUGUGGACAAAACCGUGAAGGCUUUUCAGAUUGGCUCUCCAUGGCGCACCAUGAAUGCUUCAGAGAGGGGGCGGCUGCUGAACAAGCUGGCUGACUUAUUGGAAAGAGACCAUCUACUGCUGGCUACAAUGGAAUCUAUGAACACUGGGAAAGUAUUCCCCCAUGCAUACAUGAUGGAUAUAGAAAUAAGCAUAAAAGCAUUAAAGUCUUGCUCGGUCCGGGCUGACAAGGUCCAUGGCCAAACAAUACCAAGUGAGGACAAUGCUGUUGAGUUUGCACACCAAGGAGUGGUCUUCCACCAGGGACAGAUGUGUAUAGCAGCAUCCAGGCUUUUUGUUGAGGAGUCAAUUUAUGAUGAGUUUGUGAAAAGGAGUGUUGAGUGGGCUAAGAAAUAUGUUCUUGGAAAUCCUCUGAGUGCAGGAAUAAAUCAAGGUCCUCAGUUUAAACCCUUAGGACAAUCGUCCAUUCUCGUGGACCGAGUUCAGGAAAGCAUGCGCCUAAAUCGGGCCUGGGUAUUCACAGAAAAGUGCGGAGGCUAACAGAUGGCGUCCCUCGGUGGCCCUUGAAGAAGGACUGAAGAACCGCGUUCUGCUGUCUGUGGACCCACCACGAGAAUCCCAAGAGGUGAGGGUCCCCCCACGAUCAGGAAUCUGGCCAGUUUUAUAGUGUGCAAUUGUGCACGUGUAAUUAGGGGGUGAAUAAGCUUGAUGUGUAGAAGUAUGGGUGCCGAAAGGUCUGAUCUGGAGCUGAAGGCCAGUGGGCAAAUCAGCUGUUAAAUUUCAUAAAGACACUAGGCACCAGGAUUAAAUGACACUGCUCUAGAGACCGCUUAGACUAAUUUAAAACUCAGUCCCUGGCUCUCACAUGCAGGGAACUUUAAUUUUUACCAAGAGAACAUGGUUCCCAAGGCAACAGGGCCAAUGUAGCUGGCGACUAGCAAAAUAAAUAGCCGAGGGCCCAUAUAGGUGCGGGCCUCAGGCUGAGAGAGGAUUUAAAAGAUAUAUUUGUAAGUUCUAUUAAUAGUUUUUGAGAAACGAACAGCUUCACAGAGCUUGUCUGUCAGGGAGACUAGAAAGCUCCCAUGCAUGUUUGAAUGCAGGUCACAGGACCGCACUCGGCCCCUCACUGCGACUGAGGUUCUGCAAGAUGCACUUAGGAACAGAGAGACAGGCUGCCAGUUGGUGCGGGGAGGAGCACAGGCGGCCGGCGGGACCAUUACAGACAGGCCGGGGAGGGUAAAAAGGCAGCAGUGUGCCGGUACACUCAGCCGCAAGUGUAAACUCAUCUGGGAGGCACAGCCACACUGACCAGACGCAGAAAGGGAGCAGAGCCCACAAGCAAACGGCAGCGAUGCAAAAGGCAGUUGCGCGUAUGCUGGCUCCCUCGCCCAAGGCAGCCGGUGAGCUGCGGGCCGCAAAAACCUAGGGCAGGGCACAAUGCCGGUAGUGGCGGUGCCUGGGCAGACAGGUAAAUAAAAAACGCUAGGCGUGCACCCCAAGAGGAUGGCGGAGAGACUUGGGUG